AUGCCUUACGUCGAGGAGACGGGAAUCAAUUGGAGUCCGGGACCAACUGUCUCAUUCCAUGAGCUCACAUGGGAUGGCGAAAUGGGAGAGGAACUGUUUGUGGCGAAAAAGUGCAGCAAGGCAUUCCGAUGGAAGCCGCGUCAACCUAAGGAACUGGCGCUCAAGCGUGAAAUUGUCAUCAAAUAUGUCAAAGACGGAUAUGAACGAAAUGACUUGGUGGUACCUUACUCUCUCAUUGAAGAGAUGGCUGAGCGAGCAGAGUACAACGUCAACGAAGAGGCUCACAUCAAGAUCAAACAUACAUUCUCAUUUGGGGCGGCCACUUGCUGGUUCAAGGUGGAAAGGCGUCGAAGAUACUCGCAUGCUGGGCUGAGACUAAAUUUCGUCCUUGAAUUUGCGAAUAGCGAAGACUGCCUUAGCUUCAUACAACACGAUCUCACAAAGACCAAGUACAAGUUGCCCUACUGUUUGUUUCGAUCCCAUGCUAACAGCGAGUUAAGGGAAAUGGGGUAUGAUACCUUCUUACGGACACAGGAUGACGAGUUUUCAAUCCUCAAAACCGUGUGGCAAACCCUCACCCCUCUCGCUUCCAAUUGUCUUAAUGCCCAAAGGGUUGCUAUUCAGCGGCGUCUUCCGAAGUCCCAGUUUGAAGACGAAUAUCCCGAACCCGAGGCACAAUUGAUACGUCAACGUCAACAAACUUCCACUCAGCAUAAUCGUCCAUGUUAUCUCAUACUACACCUUGCCGUAAGCUUCGCUGCAUUCAAUGACACGAUAGGCGUGGAUGUUGCUACUUGGAGUGCAAUCAACGACCCACUCGCAUUUAUCCCUCCUUCCAAUAUUUUCUCGUCUCUCAAGCACUUCCAUGUCAAGAUCCCCUUGCCCACUCCUCCAAAUUACAACUACAAUUCUUCCCUUUCUGGCGAGCGGCUUCCCAAGGAACUCGCCCUUGCAAUUUCCGAGCGCGGAAUCUCGUUCUCAACGGACUCAAAACCUCCGGCGAAUAAUGUUGUACUUCGUAUCGGUGGGAGGUACAAUGGAGAUGACCUUCGCGAUAUUAGCCCGUCCGUCCUCAACGACAGUGAAGACCUGCCCCUCAACGAAAAUCCCCAGCAGGAGUUAGCCUCAGUUCCAGCGAACAGUGCAAGAAUCCAGUAUACGGUGGUAGGAACCAAGCGGCCCAAACCCAAUGACUCAAAGUAA